AUAGCCCCUUGUAUUUCUCACUAUUGUACUUGAAAUAUCGUCAUGUCAUACAUCGACUAAGAUAAGUGUCCUCUCAAUUUUAAGACUUUCAAUAGUUAAAGUAGAUAGGCCAGUUAUUAUAAAAUAUUCUUAGUCUUAAUACAUUAACAUAGCAACCGAUUCAGUAAUAACAUGCAACAAAAUUAGCAUUAUUGAACCAUUCAAAUAGUCGCGAAACAUGGAGAUGCAGAGGAUAUCGGGGGUCGUAGCUGAUGAUGACGACAAGGUUAUUGGCUACAGGAAAGGAUGUUUUAUAAGCCGUCCCGUCGGAGCAGUUUUGAUUAUUCUUUUUAUCAUAAUCACAACUGCCGUAGGACUGAUCAUUUUUUUCACGCAUCCUAAUAAAGUCAACGGUUGUGAGGUAUGUAGCUGUGAGGUAUCCAGAGGUCUCGCUGCAACAUUAAGUCCAGAAGCACAAUGGGAACAAUGUCAGAAACUAGCAGAAGAUCGUGGAGAGUGUGCUUGUCCCUCGUCACCCACCACAGCCAUGCCUCCUACUACACCCCCUGCAGCAACCACACCCCCUAGAGCUGAGGGGGGCCUGCGUCUCAACCGCACCCUCAUACCAAGCCACUACAACAUCGAGCUCAAACCUUACUUUUACGAAGGUGAUGAUUUUGGGUUUGAUGGUUCCGUUGAGAUACAUCUAACAUGCGAAGAGAAAACUAAUGUGAUUGUUCUCCAUAUUAACUUCAUAACAAUACAUGAGGAAACUGUGAAGAUUCACGAUGCUAUGGGUAAUGAAUUAAAACUUGCAAGCUGGGAGGAAGAUAAAUCAAGACAUUUCCUGAAACUCCAUAUGGCAGAGGACCUAAAUGUCUCUAGUGAAUAUGUUGUGAAGAUGAGUUAUAAUGGAACACUGAUCCAUCCUGACUGGAGGGGUUUCUAUAGGAGUUCAUAUGUGAAGGAUAAUCAAACUAAAUGGUUAGUUACCACACAGUUCCAGAGGACCCAUGCAAGAAAAGCCUUCCCCUGUUUUGAUGAGCCAAGUUUCAAGGCCACAUAUAGUGUUACCAUGGUUCGUAAAGCAAACUAUUCAUCUAUUGGUAACAUGGAGUUACUCAACACUGAAGAUAGAGGUGGAGGCUGGCAUGCGGAUGUAUAUAAGAAAUCCAUCAAGAUGUCAACCUAUUUGGUUGCAUUUGUUGUUUCAGACUUUACAUAUAAAGAGAACACAACUUCUAGGGGAACUUAUAUGAGAAUAUGGGCAAGACCUGACCAGAUAGACCUUGUAGAUUAUGCUCUUGAAGUGUCAGGAGCAAUCAUGGAAUUCUUUGAAGAUUAUCUUGACUCCAAAUAUCCCCUGAAUAAAACAGAUCAAAUUGCUAUCCCAGACUUUGCAGCAGGCGCAAUGGAGAACUGGGGACUUGUGACUUACAGGCUUGGACGAUUAUUAUAUGACCCUAACUAUUCAACCAUGGCACAGAAACGGGGCAUUGCUGAAGUUAUUGCUCAUGAAUUUGCUCACUCUUGGUUCGGCAACUUAGUGACAUGUGAUUGGUGGGAUGAUACAUGGCUGAAUGAAGGCUUUGCCCGAUUCUUUCAAUAUGAAGCUAUAGAGAGAGUGCACCCAACAUGGAGAGAGCUCCAGUAUGCAGUUAGGACAUUGCAGUUUAUUAUGGGCAAGGAUGGUACUGGUGCCUCCCAGCCUAUCUUUGUAGAAGGCAUAGAACAUCAUGAUGACCUCCUUAAAGCAUUUGAUACCAUCACAUAUAAUAAGGGUGGCUCUGUAAUCAGAAUGAUGAAAUUCAUAUUAACUGCAGAAACAUUCAGAAAAGGACUUGGAAAAUAUGUGGACAAAUUUGCCUAUGGUACAACUGUACACAAUGACCUCUAUGCAGUGUUAGAGCAGCAAGCUAAAGAUGAUGGUAUGGUAAGAUGGGAUGAUUCUGUCACAAACUUCACUGGAAUCAUGGACACUUGGAUUGAACAAAUGGGAUACCCAGUUGUCAAGGUGACUGUGGACCAAAAUACCAACAUGCACUUGAAGCAAGAGCACUUCCUGUUUGAUGAAAAUGAUACUUUGAGCUACCAGUCUCCAUUUGGGUCUUACAUUUGGGAUGUGCCAGUGAUCUAUACCACAGAGGCUGACCCUUCCCAGGAGAGUGCUGUGUGGCUUUACAGAGAACAGGAGAAAACACAGGUGAUACCUGCUAAGAAUUCCCAAGAUUGGUUGCUCGCAAACAUAUAUGAGCAAGGCUUUUUCCGUGUAAACUAUGAUGCUGCAGGUUGGGGUAGUUUGUUUGCACAGCUGAAUAAUAACCAUACUGUGUUUUCCAUAGAGAACCGUGCCCAGAUUGUGGAUGAUGCUCUCAGUUUAGCUAAAGCUGGUAUUGUUGAUGAGGUGUCUGGUCUCUCAGCCACAGAAUACAUGGGUGAGGAGGAUGAAUGGUUGGUGUGGUACCCCGCAACACAGGCCCUGACAUAUAUAGACCUCAUGUUGAGAGACACUGUCACCUACGGUCUAUACCAGAAAUACAUGCUGGCAAGACUGGCUAUUCAAUAUGGCAGAGUUGGCUGGGAUGACUCAAAUAUUGAUGAACACAUGGAAAAAUACCAGAGAGAGGUUGUCUUAAGACAUGCAUGCAGACAUAGACAUAAGCCCUGUCUUGAUAAAGCCUCAGAGCUUUUUGCUCAAUGGAUGUUAGACCCCAGUAAUAACCCGAUUUCUCCGAACUUGCGACGUCUCGUGUACUGUAAUGCUAUCAGAAAUGGAGGUGCUACAGAAUGGGAGUUUGCAUUCAACAAAUAUACAGAAUACAAUGAGGCUUACAUUGCAUCUGAGCUAACAUACCUGAGAGAUGGUCUAGUGUGCACCAGAGAGCCCUGGAUCAUUAAAAAGCACCUGGACUAUGCUCUCUCUAUUGUUUCAACCAGCAGUGUACAGUUAUUGGCACAGAAUCCUGUGGGGUACCAGAUAGUAUGGGACUACUUUAGUGACAACUGGUACAAUAUUCCAGGGAGAGAUAAUGUCCAUGUGAACAGAGGUUCUGUCCUGACUACUUUAACUGAAGGCUUUAACACAGAAUACCACUUAAACAAGCUACACGAUUUCAUAGCAGCCCAUCCUACAAAUGGUUACAACGCCACCUAUACAUCUUUAAUAGAACGCACAGAGAAAAACAUUAAGUGGAUGCAGAAGAAUAAAACUCCCAUUGAAAACUACCUUAACACUAAAACAGGUGGUGCUUCUGCACAGCAAAGUGCUAGCUAUAUGCGCAUCAAGGAGGAGAGGGCUCCUAGAGGAGAACUGUAUGGUAUAGAAGAAGAAGGUGAUCAAUUUGAUAAUGAUAAUAUUGAAGUGAAUCUAGGCCUACUGGAAUUAUAAAUUAAUGCAAUGUGUAUAGUAUGAAAAUUUUAAGAAAUUCUUUGAUUAAUAAUUUUUAUGAAAAAUGUUUUGAAUAUGAACACUCGUUGUAUUAUUUUCAUUUUUGAUUUUGUUUGUAU